AUGCUUUGCAUACUACUUGCACAAACGCGACGGUUCGAGAACAACUCGCGCGGGAUCACGCAGCGUUACCAAGAUGCGAUGGCCUGCGUCGUCAAAUAUGGAAAGCCUUCGCUGUUCAUCACGGUGACGUGCAACCCCAAAUGGCCGGAAAUCAAGGCGGCACUGGGGCCGAAUGACGAAGCACGCAGCCGUCCGGAUCUCAUUGCACGAGUGUUUGAAGCCAAGUUGACUCGACUAUGCGAUGGUUUUUGGGCAACAAGCAACGGGCAGGCUGUUUCGGCGUCAUUCUGGCGCAUACACACGUCAUCGAGUAGGGCCUGCCGCAUGCCCAUAUCCUCCACACCCUCGCGCCGGACGAUCAUUCUUUGUCGACGGAAGCGAUCGACAAGGUGAUCUAA